CGUUUCCGAAAAAUUAGGUUAUGUAGUGCAACCAUAAAAAUUUCUUGGGAUUUGGAGUGUCAAUCGAGAAGUAAAUAAAUACAAAACCAAGCAGGCCAGGAGAUGGAUGUGUUUACGGGAGAACAAUAUUUGAUAUCCAGAGCAAAGAGUGGACUCCUCAAGGACCCAUAUGAGGCAAAGGCAUGGAUAAUAACAGCAAAAACCCUCUACCCUAAUGACUUUGGUAUCCAAUUUGAGGCCUACAAGUUGGAAAAAUCAGAGAAUAAUUACGAGGAGGCAGCAAAAUGCUUCAGCUACAUUGUCAUUACCUUCCAGAAUCAAUCAGUAGAUCUGUGGAAUGAGCUCUCGGUGGAGAUUUCCAAUCUCACAGCUGCUCUAAGGCGUGUUCCGGAAGGGGGAAUAUCUGGUGAACAGGAUUUUUACUUCAAAAUGUUUCAGCACAUCUCAUCGGAAGUCCAGCACAAAAUCCUCCUGCUCACAGCUAAUCACUCUGAAAGCAAUUUAGAUCACUGCAGAAUGAUUCUAUUGCUCCUCAAGAGAUUCCCACAGGCCAUUUCUACGCACAUUCCACGACUCCUUGAGACUCUGGUACAGGGUGUUCCCACAAAUCCUCAGUAUCGUACGAUGUUGAUUAAUGAGACACUCCCCCUGAUCCUGACACGUCCGGUAGAGCUGUCUAGUGAUCUGGUUCAUAGAAUUCUGAACAUUUGCCUCGAGCACUACAUUCAGCAGCUUCUGAAGGAAGACGACGAGAAGGACAAGACCGAAUGCUGGAGGAAGAUCUUCGAGAUUGUAGAGACCCUCGGGGGUGUCCUGAAAUGGGAACAAUUCCUGCCGUACAAUCGUACAUGGAGCAAGGAGGUUUACUGGCAGAAAUUGAUAAAGAUUGUGUCAUCAGCUCCACCAAAACCCUCUGAAAAUAAACAAAUCCUCUUUUGGGGCUCAAUUCUGUUCAUAUUCUCCCUGCAGGAGUACAUUGACAACAUAAGCCACAAGAUCCAUGACACAGAAGUCAAUUAUAUUCUGGUUGAGGGCUUCAGGGAGGGACCAGUGACCAAGAGGAGAUUAUCAGAUGGAAUGCCAGGACCGGUGGAAGCUGUAAAAAUUGCCGUGAAUCCUCCAUGCAAUGUCGAAACGCCCAAUUGUCUCAUAACCGCUGCUCACUGUUGGCAACUUUUGCACUCCAAUGAAAUUCUACAGAUGGAUUUUGGGCAGUUACUGAUGAAUCUUCCCAUAACGGAAUGGGUAAAUCGCUUCCUGCUGGACUUGGCAGUCUAUCUAGGACGAAAUGACGACAUCCACGCAAAUCUACAAACCCAGAAAGAUACUCUGGACAAGCAAGUGAGGCUCUUGAGCCUCUCAGUCAGCCAAGGAAAUAUCAAUGUCACAGCUUUCAAUCAAAUUGUCAAUAUUCUUACUGAACUGCCCACAAAUUCUGGGACAGAAUAUCUCAAAAAUCUCUGUAGCAUCUCUCCAGGACGUCACCUUGUCCUGUUACCACUCACGCGUAAAGCAGUCACGCAGUAUUGCACAAAAGUCCUAGUCACUGUGCUAAAGCAGAAAGUUCUCCUGGACAGUAACUGCAGCAGUGCCAUUUUGGGGAAUCUCCUUGUUCUGCUGCAACUUGAUUGGCCCCUAGAAACCCAAUUUGCCGAGACAAUCUUUGACAUAAUUCGCUCAAGAAGAGCCUUUACGUACCCACUGUUCUCCAGUUACAUCAUCAAUGUGGACAUGAUUGAGGAAUUUACGUACAUGUGGAAUCCUCAGGGAGAGGAAAUCCGACUGGAAUUGACGGUGCCUCAAGCACCAAAACCCCACAGAAUUGGCACAAGGGGACAGGAUAAGGGCGUCAAGGAGGAUUUUAAGCAUAUUAUAAGGCAACAAAUAGCACGCAGUGGCGAGGAAAUUGAUGUUCUGGUGGCCCAAUUUAUUGUUCAGGAACGAAUGCAACUUAUUCAGAGUAUCUUCGACAAAUAGAUUGUAUAAAAAGACUUUUAUGUAAUAAAACAGACGAAUGACUUACAAAAAAA